AUGUCCACUCUCUCAGCGAAAGGCGAGCCCUUCCACCCUCAAUUCGUUUCCUCAUUGUCAUACACUUCCGUCCGCGACUUUGCCUAUCCGGCGCUUCACCCGCUACACUACGGCCCCUCGUCCGCUACGUCCGGCCUAUCCACGCCUACGGAUUCCCAGCGCAGUUCUCAAUACUUUGACCAUGGUAGUAACCAUGGAGGCCAGGCUGGUACCUGGUUUACGGGGGGUGGGAGCGGUUAUCGGAGCAAUCAUCCGCAUCACCAUCAGCCCCCGCCGCUGAAUUUCUCCGACGGUCCUCCUUGGAGCGAAGAUGAAGAUUUGCAGAGCCCGGUUGUCGUGUCCAAGCACAGAAAGCAUAAAUCUUCCGCAGCGCAUUUGCAAACUAGUUCUCAGCAUUCCAGGGGCCAGAGCAAGAACGCCAUCACACCCACUACGCUUCAACACUUUGCCGGGAAUAGCCAUGGCGUCAGCGGCGAACCUGGGGGGGAAUUAUAUAAUCACCCUGAAGGUGACGAGGAAUAUGAAUCCAACAAUGCGCAGCAAUAUUAUCAGAACCACCACCAGGGUGGUGGAUACCGCGUGGAAGGAAGAAGGCCGCUGGAUGAUAGCAGGUUCAGCCGGGAUUAUCAGUUCACUAUUGCGAGCCCUGACGAAGAGAUGCAUGGGAAGGCUGUUGCGUUAUUCGACUUUAUUAGAGAGAACGAGAAUGAGCUUCCAUUGGUUGAAGGCCAGGUUGUGUGGGUUAGCUAUCGGAUUGGAGUGGGUUGGCUAGUGGCUGAGGAUCCGAAGACUGGCGAAUCAGGCCUGGUCCCAGAAGAAUAUGUCCGUCUCCUCCGCGAUCUGCAACCCCUCUACACCCCACAUCCGGAAUCAGGAUCCCCACCCAAUCCCCACCAUGAUCAAGAAUCCCCGCUAAUAUUAUCCGGCUCUCCCCAACCUUCGUCCCGGUCCCCCUCUCCCUCCUCCUCCCCACAGCAACCCCCCUCAACCUCUUCAACCUCGACAACCUCAGCAACCUCAACCUCAAACAAUAGCGCCCUCAACCCCCCCAUAAUCUCAACAUUCUCAACAUCAUCCCAAGAUGUCCACCCAUACCCGUAUCAAUUCCACUACCCAAAUGACCACCCGCCGGCCCACAUUAGAGCAAAGUCAUCACCGGACUUAUCCGGGGUAGAGACACCAACAGCGGGCGAUCAUAAGGAUCGGAUCGCGCAGCUGCAGAGGGAACAAGAGAGGGCGGUCUUGGAGGAGGCGGAGAUGGGGGGUACGCCGAGGGUGCGCACCGGGGUAGGAUUGGGAUUGGGAAAGGGUGGCGGUGGGGAGGAGGUAUUUUACGACGCUAUGGAAAGGCAGCACGGCCAACAGCAGAAUUCACUUGGGGAGUUGGAUUUCCGAGAGGAAGGGAGGGGACGGUAGUAACUAAGCACGCCAGUAAUUAGUUUUCUUUUGUCUUUUCUCCCUUUUCUUUGCUUUUCUUCCUUUUUUUCUCUGUUCCUACCAUAAAGUUUGCAGGUUUAUGUAUCCUCUCGGAGUAAGCUCUGGGCCUCUUUUCCUAUUUUUUGCUUUCUAAGAAAAAAAGAGGUUCACGUUCCUGACGUUGGCUUUUAUCAUUCAUGUCUUUCCUAUUAUAUUCUAUCCCAUUCCUUCUCUUGACUUCUUCCUUCCUCCCUUUCCUCCCUCCUCCUUGGGAUUUACUUUUCUGGCUAUUUCCCUCCUUUCCCUCCUUUUCUGUCAUCAAGUUGGGUAGGGCUCUAUUUCCCUUUAUUCUUCAUCUCGUCUCCCGUUUUU